CCCGCAUGUGGUCACAUUGCGUGUGUUCACUGAGAGUCACAGCCCGGGAGAGAGAAGAGUUGCAGGCUGAGAGAAAGAAGACCCUCGCUGACAGCACCGGUUUAACGCUUUACAUCUGAGAACAUGAGACCAGGGUUCAGUCCUCGUGGGGAUCGAGGAGGAAGAGGUGGAGGACGAGGUGGAGGGGGUAGAGGGGGUUUCAGAGGAGGAAGAGGUGGAGGAUUCAAGUCCCCAGAGGGUGGAGGAUUUCGGGGCCGAGGGGGUGGAAGAGGCACUCCAAGAGGGAGAGGAGGCAGAGGAGGGAGGGGUGGCGGCGGCGGCGGCAGAGGAGGCUUUGGAGGAGGGAAGAAGGUCUUGGUUGAGCCUCACAGACAUGAAGGAGUGUUUAUCUGCAGAGGGAAGGAGGACGCCUUGGUGACCAAGAACAUGGUGGUAGGAGAGUCUGUGUAUGGAGAGAAGAGGAUCAAUGUGGAGGAAGGAGAGACUAAGAUUGAGUACAGAGCCUGGAAUCCGUUCCGCUCUAAGCUGGCAGCAGCCAUCUUGGGAGGAGUAGACCAGAUCCACAUCAAGCCUGGAGCAAAGGUCAUGUACCUGGGAGCUGCCUCGGGCACCACAGUGUCCCACGUUUCUGACAUUGUCGGACCGGAAGGACUGGUCUAUGCUGUGGAGUUUUCCCAUCGAUCAGGUCGUGACCUGCUCAAUGUGGCAAAGAAACGCACCAACAUCAUUCCAAUCAUCGAAGACGCUCGGCACCCACACAAAUACCGCAUGCUGGUUGGCAUGGUGGACGUGAUUUUUGCUGAUGUGGCCCAGCCUGACCAAACGAGGAUUGUUGCUCUGAAUGCUCACAACUUCCUGAAGAAUGGAGGACACUUUGUUAUCUCCAUCAAGGCUAACUGUAUAGACUCAACAGCGGCUCCUGAGGCAGUGUUUGCCUCAGAGGUGAAGAAGAUGAGUGCUGAGAACAUGAAGCCACAGGAGCAGCUCACACUGGAGCCCUAUGAGAGAGACCACGCCGUGGUGGUGGGCAUCUACAGACCUCCACCUAAACAGAAGAAAUGAGGUGUGGAAGAAAGCUCAGGGAAAUGGAUUCCUAUUCUCAACCACCAUCUACUUCUUGUACAAUCUGUUGUCUGUUGCCCUCCUCUCCACCCCCACCUCCACCUCUACCUGCCUGUUUUUAGAUUUCUUCACACUGAGAAAGUAUGACUAGAACUCAGGGUAGUAUUUGGCUGGGUUUCUGGGCUUUUUUGUUUUUUUUAGUCCUUUGACUGUUAAGUGACCAACCACCCAACUGAAGGAGGGUCUUUCUGUCACUAAUAAGGUUGGGAUCACAUUGAAUGACAUUUGGGGCUGCUUGUGCCGCAGAUUGACCUCUGAGUUGGUUGCCAAAUUGGAGCAAGUCAUCUUUGUAGUACGAGUUUUGUAAUAUGUAGAGGUUCACCGCUGGUUCUGGUCAAACUAGCCUUGUUUCCCAUUUGUUGUGCACAAGUGAUAUCAGGCGUGUCUUCCUGUUUAACAACACACCAGGAAAAUUACAAAGUAAAUGACAGUGGCCAUGUGUUGAAUAGCCAGUCUUGUGUAACAUGUUCCCAGCCUUAGAUGAGUUGUCAGGGAUUGUUUUGUUUGGUUUUUUUUAUUCACCAGUUAUUGCUCUGAGAACUAGUUACUUUCUACCCUGAGGAAUAUUUCAACUGACCUUAGAAACAGUUGAUCUAAAAAGCUUUGUUGAAAGACUCCUCUGUAGUUAUACAAGUCUGAGUAACUACUACAUAGCUCCGGUGAGGUUUUGCAUAGUCAGUGUUUUGUUUCAAUGCCUUUUGCUUCUCUGUGCCCCUGAUCCUUUUCUUACAGAAUGUCUUUUUUUUUUAAUGAAAUAAUCUGUUUCUGGUCCCUGUUCUUUUCAUUAUUCUGUCCUUCCCUGGGUGCAGAUAGCACACCCCACAGUUUUGGGGAUAUCCCAAGUUUCUACACAUCAUAUACCACAGCUGAACAUUAUUUUUAGUGUACAAGUUAUGUCAGAACUUAUGUACAGUACAAUAUACUUUGUCUGAUUAUGUGUGUACUUAUGGUAGCUCAUGAAGAGCUUCAUGUUGGCUCAAUACCCACUUUGCAGCAUAAGAACCAUGAAUGCUGAUCAGUUGAGUGGUGAGGUGGUAAACUGACCCUGUGUGUGUGUGUGUACAGACAAAUAUAGAAAGUGACUUUUUCACUCUAACUUGUAAUUUGAUACUCGUAUUUCUUUUGUGUCAGCAGAUGAAGCAGAAUGGUUGUAGAUAUUUUACAACAAGUUAUGCUUGAAACUAUUUUUUUGACAUAACCAGCAAUUUUGUUUUAAUAAAAUGUUUGUUUUUGACUGAU